AUGACCGCUCCGCAAAUACUAAGGAUUCCCCGGUCGGACGAGCCGGGUUCGUUCGUACUCGUUCAUGUCUCCCAGGCUGGACCAGCGCCUCUUGAUGUGUCGCUCACCGCAACGGAGGGGGAGAGCCCUUAUACAGCCUCGGUUACGCAAUCUCGUCUACAGGAUCUUCGUGUCAAGAACUAUCAAGGGUCCGACGACGAAUGGGUCCACAUCAUCUCCCAUGUCCUCGGACAGCCGGUCUCUGCUGAGGGCCGGUCCUGCUCAUCUGGUGUCGAAGCCUCCGCUAGCCUUUCGGGCUCGGGAGACGAUAAUCAGGGAAUUGUCAUCACCAUUCGGAAGAGGGUGCAGGAUAUCACGCAAAGGCUCGGAUCUUUAGUUCUCCAGCAGGAUGACGAGCAAGAGGUUGCGCUGUUUGAGUGGGCCGGCGUCGCGGCCGCCAGAGCUGACACCUUGCAAAGUCAAGUGACAAGCUUGACGGAUCAACAUCGCUUCGCCGAAGAUACGAUAUCCAAACUGACUCAACAACUGGCGGAGCUCAUGCACGCCAAAAGUCAGCAUGAGAACCAGAUGGUGGCUAACUUUGCUCGGCUCCUGAACGAGAAAAAGCUCAAGAUCCGCAACCAGCAGCGAUUGCUGGCGUCUGCAAAAGCAGACCCCACGAUAGUCGCUGCGAUACAAGCAACCACCGUUGAAGCAUCCGGCACUCAUCAGUCCACAAAGCGGCGUGCACCGGAUACGCUGGAUGACCAAGACGACUCAGACGACGGCUUGGAACGUAUGGACAUUGAUCGCAACGGUGCAGAUGAGGGAUCAGGGGACGGGCAAGACACAGACGAUGAGGGAAGAGCCACACCGCAGCCUCUGGAGGAAGGAGACGACCAUACGACCACGGACGACGAGUCUGAAGCUCCAGUUCCUUCACAGCAAUCUGCGUCUGAACGAGGACGGGCCAGGGCCUCAGAACGAUCGGUUCGUCCGUCUAAGGAGCCGGCUCCCCCGCGAAGGGAGUUGCCCUUCACGCGACGAGGACCCACGACCCAGGCCCAAACGGAGCGGCAACCAGAGCCCAGUGCAGUGGCGGAAGAGACGGCGGGUGAAACGGACGACGACGAGCUAUAG